AUGUCACCCUCUCUUACAUUGGGCUUCCAAGCCCUCAUUCUGUGUGGACCUGGCGUAUCGCUGAACACCUUCACGUCCAAGCCGGACGACUUCCCAAAGUGUCUAAUCCAAGUCGCAAAUCGGCCAAUGGUGUACUAUCCCAUCGAGUUCUGUCGACGCACUGGCAUCACUGAUAUCACCCUGAUCACGCCUCCAUCUUCGUUUCCAGCAGUCAAUUCUGCCAUGAAGCUAGAUCCGCACUUGACAUCCUUCCACAGCCCGAUUCCAUCAAUCAUCGCGCCCAAGGGCCUCGACAUGACAAUGGGAACAGCCCAGCUGCUCCGCCUUCCAGAGGUUCAAGCGGUGAUCAAGACCGACUUCAUCCUACUCCCCUGCGACCUCAUCUGCGAGGUAUCCGGCGAAGCUCUCAUCGAGGCAUGGAUGACCACCCAAGGCGUAGUCAACCAGUCCAAAUCCGCCAGGGAGCGACGCAACUCAUUCAACACCUUCGACAAGAAACCCCUCGACGUCCGACAGAAAGGCCGACACGGUGCCCUCACCAUCUACUAUCAAACCGCAACCAAAGACGAUACCAUCAAAAACGAAGCAACCGACUUCGUAGCCAUCGCCCCUCUCACUCACGACGAAGCAGCCGUAAUCCCAUCCACCGAUCCCGAGCAAGCACCAAUCCGCUUCAACCUAUUCAAACUCCUCCUCUCAACACCCAUGGCAACAAUAAAAGACAAAAUGGAACAAGAAAAGGGCCUCCUCCUCCGCCACUCCCUCCUCCAAACCCACGCGCGAAUCCGUCUCCUAACCACAUUCCGCGACGCCCACCUCUACAUCUUCCCCCGCCGGGUCCGAGAUCUCGUCCGAGGCCAACAGCGCCUCCAAUCAAUCAGCGACGACCUAAUCGGCAACUGGGCCAAAUCAUGCUGGCAAGACGGACUAGGCGAGAACCUAGGUCUAACCCGAAUGAUCCAAUACAGUACCGUGAAUCUCGAAGAAUCAAGUUUCGACAGCAACAUCGAAGCAAAAUACAUCGAUCCUAGAAUCGAUCUUCAACGUCUCAGUACCACGAAAUCAGCCCUUAAUACUCUACCCCCGAAAUACAUCCAUGAUCCCAAGAGUUUGAAGGCUGAGAAGAAUCCACCGCCUGCGACACCUGCGGAUCUUCCUCAGCUCCUGGCUUAUGUUUACAGGGGUGGUAAUCUGAUUCGCCGAAUUGAUAAUCCAUCUCUUCUCCUAGCGACUUCGUUACAUCUCGCUAAAUUACCUUCAAUUGAAGAAGUGGGUCGUGAAAGCGCUUCGCCAUUCGCGCACGCGCGCAAGAUUUCAUCGCCUGAGCUCGUCGCUGGUCGUAGCAUGGUCACGGCACAUGAUUGUCUUCUCGGGGACCAUGUGACUAUUGAAUCCACGGCUGUUGUGAAAGAGAGUUGUAUUGGGUCGAAUUGUCAGAUUCAUCGUGGGGCGCGGAUUAUUCGGUGUGUGGUUAUGGAGGGUGCGGUUGUUGAAGAGCGGGUUCAGUUGAGUGGGUGUGUUAUUGGUCGGAGGGCGAGGAUUGGUCGGGAGUCUGUUUUGAGGGAUUGUGAGGUUCAGGAUUGUAAUGUGGUUUCUGGGAAGGUUGAGGCGAGGGAUCGGAAGUUUAUGGUUUUUGAGACUGGGGGUGAGGUUGAGGAUGGGGUUGAGACUGAGGGUGAGAGUGAGGAGUGA